AUGGCAUUUGGUGGAACUCUGUGGAUGCUGAUAUUAUAUCUGACCAUCUUCAUUCAUCUCUUGCUGUUGGUGUGGGGAAUUUAUUAUAAUCUUGCCAGGACCCACCUGCCCCGUGGAAUUAGCCGUCCUGUAGCAUUGAUACUUUUCAAUUUCUUAGUGGGAUAUGGAUUUGUACUGGCAGGAAUUCUGGAAAAACUGGGCAUCUGCCAUAGAUAUUCCAUAAUCAGGGCCAUAUGCCUAUUCAUUCCAAAAAUGAAGGACCCAAAACUGAUCAUAAGGGAUCUGGUUUUUGAUGGGGUGCCCGUGAGGGUGUACUGGCCCAAGACAUCACCUGCUGGGAACAGGAAAGGAAUCAUCUUUCUUCACGGAGGGGUUGGACUAUUUGCAAGCAUCCGAACGUCUGCAAGGAUCUGCCAUUCGCUUGCCCACGGAACUGAUUCAGUGGUUAUGUGUGUUGAAUUUCGUUUAGCUCCUGAGCAUCCCUAUCCAGUCCCUGUACAGGACUGUUUAACUGCUGCAAUACACUUUCUGAAGAAUGCCAAGGAAUAUGGAGUGGACCCCAGCCGCAUUGCCAUUGUUGGGGAGAGUAGCGGAGGCACUUUUGCUGCAGCUGUUUGCCAAGAACUGGUGACCAGAGAGGACCUCCCAAGAGUGCGAGCUCAGGUCCUCGUCUACCCAUUCCUACAAACAGUGGACUUCGAUUUGCCCUCCUAUCAGCAAAACCACACAGUACCUCCCUUGUUCAGGAAACGAGGUGUUAAAUUCGGUUUGACAUAUCUCACUGGCAAGAAAAUCAAUGUGGAUGGAAUUCUGAAAGGUGCCCAUGUCCCUCCUGUUUUGAGAGAGAAAUACAAAAAAUGGAUCAGUGCUGAUAACAUUCCAGAAGAAUUCAAGGCCAGGGGCUAUGUCCCUAAAGCUCCUGCUCCAUUUUCAGAAGAACUUUACGAGCAAGUUAAAAGAGCUGGUGAGACAAUGUUUUCCCCCCUUCUAGCAGAGGACGACAUAAUACGCCAGCUCCCGGAGACUUUCAUUCUAACCUGUGAGUAUGAUGUUCUCCGGGACGAUGGGCUGUUGUACAAGAAGCGGCUAGAGGACAAUGGUGUGCCAGUGACAUGGUUUCAUGUACAAGAUGGAUUCCAUGGAAUAAUGGCCAUGGCUGGUUGGCGGUCAAUUGAAUUUCCGAGCACACAGAAAUGUUUGCAGAAUGUAAUACAUUUUUUUAAAGGUUUAUAUAAAUAA